AAGAGAAGCUUUGCGUAUAUAUAAAAAAAUCUCAUCUCACAGGUAAUUUCACUCUAACCCCUUUCUCUCUCCACAGCCAGGGAGGAUUUUGAUUCUACUGGAGGAUCUGAUGUUCUCGCUCGUCGAUCUCAUAUAUAUUCACGAUCAUGAUGGCCCUUGAAAAUUCAGAAAAUAUGCAAAUAACCUGCGAGGCAUCUCUGAAAUGCCUCCAGGGAAAGGGAUUCCCUAGCACUUUUCAGUGUAAUGGGAGUUCUAUUACAGAGCUAAAAAAUGAUCCUGGUACUCAUCCAGCUGGGGAUGUUUCUGAACCUAACCGCCGUCUUGGCAGUGAGUUUCUGGAGCCUUCCAAUGAAUUUCACAGUAAACCUACUUAUCACCAUGAGUACAACACCUGGACAUCCUGCCAUUUUCACUCUCCCAAAGUGCACCAAUGCCCAAUGAAUGCUUUUGAGAGCCACUUUUAUCCUUAUCCUGUCGAGAACCAGCUUCAGUAUGUUCCAGCUAAUAUGUUCGCUCAGAGUUACCCCCGGGAGCAAUUUCAGGAAUUUCAAUAUUUCGUGGUCAUAGACUUCGAGGCUACCUGUGAUAAGGAUAAAAAUCCCCACCCUCAAGAAAUAAUUGAGUUCCCAUCUGUCAUAGUGAGUAGUGUGACUGGCCAGCUGGAAGCAUGUUUCCAAACAUAUGUGAGGCCUACCUGCAAUCAGCAUCUGACUGAUUUCUGCAAGGAUCUGACUGGUAUCCAGCAAAUUCAGGUGGACAGAGGUGUUACUUUGAGUGAGGCUCUACUUAGGCAUGACAAGUGGCUUGAGAAGAAGGGAAUAAAGAACGCCAACUUUGCUGUGGUUACAUGGUCUAACUGGGAUUGCCGUGUGAUGCUUGAAUCUGAGUGCCGAUUCAAGAAAAUACGAAAACCUCCUUAUUUCAACCGCUGGAUCAACUUAAGGAUUCCUUUCCGUGAGGUAUUUGGUGCUGUGAAGUGUAAUCUGAAGGAGGCUGUUGAGAUUGCUGGCUUGGCUUGGCAGGGUCGUGCUCAUUGUGGCCUUGAUGAUGCUAAAAAUACUGCUCGCCUGCUGGCUCUGCUCAUGCAUAAGGGUUUCAAAUUUUCCAUUACCAAUUCCAUUAUGUGGCAGACUUCUGAUCGAUCACUGAUGUGGAAGCAGUCUCCUGAACAAAUGAGUGUUUUCCCUCAUUACCCCUACAAAGCAAAGGAUAUGAAUACCCCCAUCGUUCAGUACCACCCUUGCUGUUUCUGUGGGGUGAAAAGCAGUAGGGGCAUGAUCAGGAAGCCAGGGCCCAAGCAUGGGAACCUUUUCUUUGGAUGUGGAAAUUGGACUGCAACUAGAGGUGCCCGCUGCCAUUACUUUGAAUGGAUUUCUGCCUAACUGAGCACCGUUUGAUCUAUGAUCAAAUCUCAAGUUUUCUUAUAUGUUCUAUGUUAAAAAAAGGGGAAAAAAUGAAAAAAAUAUGUGGAAAUGGCUUAUGAAAGUAAUGGUGUUGUCUCUAGUGGAAGCUUGUCUUCCUGGCUGUGUGGUGAGGUUUCUGCUUCAUGAAAUGUAGAGAAAAUUUGUUGUGGCUCAGUUCCUUAUUACUGUGGCUGCUUAAACAUCAAAGUAGUCUUUGUUAAGUUAAGGAGAGAGGGAGCUUCAACCUGUAAAGCUGACUUGUUGACUGGAGAAUCAUCUGGGAAUGAGGAUUUGGGUAGUUAGGAUUGAUACUUUUACAUGCCAAAGCAUGGUAAGUUAUCUUUUAAAUAAUCUUGUGAAAUAGGACUCUGUUUCCUUGCUCCAAUGGGAAUCGUUACAAUUUCCUGUGGCC